UCUCUCUCCCCUCCCGCAACCAACCUCCCACCUUGCGGCGUUACCGUAGUUGCACCACCUGUUAUCUCGUAACCCACUGCAGCAGCUCGCUCGCCUCGCUUUCGCCUCACCCCUCCUUCACUCCCUCUCUCUCCUCCCUCUCUCAUCGUGCAGCUGCUCUUGUCACAUAAUCACAUAAGACCCGAUAAUCCAACGAAUCCCCCCGAGAUCUCCGCGAUAGCUAUCAAUACAAGGCGUUCGCGCGUGAAUUACUGUUCAACAAACACAGGCGAGGAAAUCAAACCCCUCCACCCCUCACUUUUCGGUCAAGCAUGGCGAACGAGUAUUCGGGAACACGCUUGUACUUGGGCAAUCUCCACAAGGACGCUCGCAAGCAGGAAGUCGAGGAUUUCUUCAAGGAACAUGGCAGUGGAAACGUCGUCGAAAUUAAACUUAUGAAUGGGUUUGGCUUCAUCCAAUACGACAGCGAGGCAGAUGCGAAGGAUGUUGUGCCUGCCUAUCAUGGCAGGGAUUUCAAGGGUCAACCUUUGACUGUUCAAUUCGCUCGCGGUAGUCGACACAACCCUCGUCAUCACGAUUUUCCGGGCGGCGCGGACCGCACUUUUCCUCGUCCUAGACGUACUGCGUUCAGAAUGAAUAUUUCUGGACUUAAUCCCGAUACCAGCUGGCAGGAUCUGAAGGACUUUGCUCGCAAGUCCGGCUCCGACGUCGUUUUUUCCGAGGUCACCCGUGAACGUGACGGCCGAGGCAUGGUUGAGUUCGAAACCCACGAUGAUCUGAGGCGUGCAGUUGCUUUUUUGGAUCGCACGGAGUUCAAGGGAACCCAAGUGUCCUGUACCCCCGACGUACUAGCGGAUCAUGAUGUCCCUCGUGGACAUGGCCCCGGACGUCGUUCUGUUUCACCUAGAGGUUACGGUGGCCGUCGUUAUUCCCCUAAUCCUUCUAGGGGUUAUCAUUCACCACCUCGUCAUAGCCGUCGUUACGAAUCCCCUUCCAGGGGCUAUCGCGAGCGCUCCCCUCGUGGGGGGCGUGAGCCCUACUACAAUGGUGGUGGUGGAGGCCGUGAUAGAUCUCCGAGACGCCUUCCUCCCCCAGCCGAUGACUACCCCCCUCCUCGCGGCGGCGGAUAUGGUGGACGUGGUGGUGGCGAUGACUACCCUCCUUCGAGAAACGGCAAUGGAUACGACGAUGAUUAUAGAGGUACGAAUGGGUCGGGCAGGAGGCAUUACGAUGAAUCCCAUAGAGGACGUCCGGUGAGUCCUCCUUAUAGAGGCAGGAGUCCUCCACCAAGAGGGCCACCACCACGCGGGUACGAUGAUUAUGAUCGUCGUCGUUAUUGAAAUUUUUUUGAAGAAAAUUGUUGGAGACACCCCAGCACUCAUGAUUGCUUCAUGAAUGAGAUGGUAUAGUUUCGGGGAAAAAGGUUCGCGAUUAUUUUUCGGGAUGGUAGGGGACCUGGCAAAUAGGGGUGGCAAUGGGAAGGGUUGGAAUGUCUAUUGUUUCAAGUUUCUGUUUUCUACUCUUUUUUACUUCACAAAGUUCUGAUUUUUCGAUUUUUUUUCUCGCCUAAAAAAACCUUUCGCUUUACUUUAUGGCCUGGUCUUAGCUUUUUCGUGGUGGUUUCCCUUUUGAUUUCCCUUUUGAUUUCCUGCUCUGUGCCUUUUCUAUUCUAUACGUUUUGUAAGGAAAGUCAAUGAAGUGAAGUUCCUACGACAAA